AUGCCGACCUUUGGAGGCCUGCUCAAGAAAAAGAAGACCAAAGAGUCUGACGACAAGCCCGCCCAGCAGAGCGGCGGCAAUUAUCAGCCCAUUCAAUACAAAUCUUCGCACAAGACUGACACGUCGUCACCGUCAUCGAAGGCCACUGCUUCCUCCGAUGCUCCCACCCAGUCAACUGCAGCCACCACCACCGUGACCACCACCUCAACCCCCGACCCCCAUGCCAAAACAACCGAGAGCAACGGCGGAGUGAACAUGAACUCCGCACCGGUCGCCAGUCCUUCGGGGGGCGUGGUGGACUCCAAGGCGGUGCAAAGACAGACCAAGGGAAAAUACACCCUCACAGACUUUACCAUUCAGAGGACAUUGGGAACCGGUAGCUUCGGGCGGGUGCAUCUCGUGCAGUCAAAGCAUAAUCAACGCUAUUACGCUAUCAAAGUCUUGAAGAAGGCCCAGGUGGUCAAGAUGAAGCAGAUCGAGCACACCAACGACGAGAGACGCAUGCUGCAGCGAGUCAAGCACCCUUUCCUAAUCACUCUGUGGGGAACGUUCCAAGAUUCCAGGAAUCUGUAUAUGGUCAUGGACUUCAUCGAAGGUGGUGAGCUGUUCAGUCUCCUUCGGAAGUCGCAGCGCUUCCCGAACCCGGUCGCCAAGUUCUACGCUGCCGAAGUUACUCUGGCACUCGAAUAUCUGCAUGGUCAGAAUAUAAUAUACCGCGACCUCAAACCCGAAAACUUGCUGCUCGACCGGCAUGGCCACGUCAAGAUCACCGACUUCGGUUUCGCGAAAGAGGUACCUGAUAUCACCUGGACUCUUUGCGGAACUCCAGAUUACCUUGCUCCCGAAGUGGUAGCCUCAAAAGGUUAUAACAAGUCAGUCGACUGGUGGUCCCUUGGUAUUCUGAUCUUCGAAAUGCUGUGUGGUUUUACCCCAUUCUGGGACGGCGGCUCUCCAGUCAAGAUCUACGAGAACAUCCUGAAAGGCCGAGUCAAGUAUCCUCCGUACAUUCACGCUGAUGCUCAAGAUCUCCUGGUUCAACUCAUCACAAAUGACCUGACCAAGCGACUGGGCAACUUGCAUGGCGGUCCGUCCGAUAUCAAGAACCAUGCAUGGUUCGCAGAGGUCACAUGGGAGCGGCUACUCAAGAAAGACAUCGACGCACCCUACGUACCUCCAGUGAAGGGUGGCGCUGGCGACGCUAGCCAGUUCGACAAAUAUCCUGAAGAAACAGAGGAAUAUGGCAAGAAAGGAGAGGACCCGUAUGGUACCCAUGAGUUGGCCCCCCAGUGCCGAGACUGA